CGACCCCGCUGCCGCAAACCGACCGCGGCGCGUCGCAAAGCUGAGCUGCACCGGUGUUGACAAGUAAACAGUUCAUCGUCGCAGAAAAAGUCCAACGAGCCCUCCUGCGCUUGUCUCUGCCGCCCGGGCCGACGCGAGUCAAACGUGAAUUCCACGUUUUCAAGUAAAAAUAUGUUCAGUUCAAUGAAAACACCGCGCAGGCUGCAGAGGAGCCGGAAGACGAGUUGAUCUCCAGGGAAACGGAGCUCGGGGAAAAUGGCAACAUGGAACAACACGGAAGAGGCUGCAGGACACUCCGUGGUGGUGGAGCUGAGCCCAGACAUCCACAUCUGUGGCUUCUGCAAGCAGCAGUACAACAACUUCGAGGUGUUCCUCGCCCACAAGCAGAACGGAUGUGCCCUCCCCGCCUCUGACCCGUCGGCCACCACGGCAGCUGCCGCGCUCACAGAUUCCAGCCCUGAGUUUGUCUUCGAGGAAACCUACCAGACCUGCGUGCUGCGAGGUGUCAAAAAGAUCCUGACCAAAGCGCAGAAAACACCGUGUCGAAAAUUGAAGCCGACGCUGACUUCAAAGAGACACAGCUGCUGUUUCUCAGGUUGCACUUUCAAAACGCAGUAUGGCCAAAAAGACAUGGAGCGGCAUCUCAAGACCCACACGGGCGAGAAGCCGUUCGAGUGCGAGCUGUGCCACAAGCGCUUCAGUCGGCGCGACAAGCUCAACAUGCACAGCCGCCUGCACACGGGCGAGAAGCCGCACAAGUGCAAGCACUGUCCCUACGCGGCGGCGGACAGCAGCAGCCUGAAGAAGCACCUGCGCAUCCACUACGACGAGCGGCCGUUCAAAUGCCAGAUCUGCCCGUACGCCAGCCGCAACUCCAGCCAGCUCACCGUGCACCUCCGCUCACACACUGGGGAUGCUCCGUUCCAGUGCCAACUGUGCGAUGCAAAGUUCAAAAUCAACUCGGACCUGAAGAGGCACGUCCGCAUACACUCUGGCGAGAAGCCGUACAAAUGCGACUUCUGUGAGUACCGCUGCGCCAUGAAGGGCAACCUGAAGUCUCACAUCCAGAUCAAACACGCCGCCGAGAACUCCUUCCACUGCGCGCACUGUGACUUCAAGUGCUCCAACAAGACCACGCUGCGGCAGCACACGCGGGAGCACCAACCCAUUCAGCCCAUCCAGUGUUCCGAGUGCACGUACUCCUGCUCCAGCAAGGGGGCGCUCAAGGUCCACGAGAGGAUCCACUCGGAGGAGCGCCCCUUCAGGUGUGACUUCUGCAACUUUGCCUCCAAGCAGCGCAGCAACCUGGUCAUCCACAAAAAGAAGUGCCACUCGGAUAAGCCCGAGAAAAGCGGCAGCGGGAAGGGCGGCAGAGGCGCAGGGAAAAGUGGAGGAGGCGACUCUCCGAAGCCCGUCAGCUCCCGAUACCGGGCCAAGCUCGAUGCGGCGCGGGCCUUCUACUGCGACACGUGCAACGCUUCCUUCGUCAGGGCGGACUCGCUGCGCAGCCACAAAAAGCAACACAGAGACACUCAGAAUGUGCUGCAGCUCCACUUCUCUGCCCCGGCCGACGCGGUCCACCUGGUUCCUGCCACAACGCCACAGGGUCACGGCCGGCUGGAAGUUCCUCUCCCAUCGGACUCAAUGGCUCCUUACAGCAAUGCACAGCUCAAAAUCAUCGUGUCUCACGCUUUGGGGCGAGAGAACUCCUUAAUCCCGGCAGGUGUGGAUAGUCAGAGUAAGACCAACAUGGUGCUGCUAAGCCCAGAAAGCCAGGACAUGGUGGUGAACUCCAUGAUCCAACAGGUUAACCUGCUGGCUCCUAUGCAACCCCUCGGGUCGUCUCAGACGGCGGGAGCCGCCCUUGAAUCCCAAGCGGUCCUCCUGACGCAGCUCGGCGCCGAGGACGCCAACAACACUCUCCACCAGGCCCUGCUGCAGACGGCCAUCACGGCUCGGGACUCCGGCGGCGGCGGCGGCGGCGGCACGCAGACGUUCAUCACCACCUGCUCGGAACUGGAGGGCCUGAACGCCUUGAUCCAGGUGGGCGGCACCGAGGUGACCGUGGUGACGGAAGGGAACGCCGCCACGGCGCGCGGUGCACCGGAGGACGCGUCUCAACCAAGAGGGACAGUCACGCUCGAGGAGAGAUGCUCACCCUCCGAGGGAAGUGCAUUGCUGGUGCCGAACAUCGGCCUGGGCGGCCAGAACGUGGUCAUCCACGGCGUCCCGCUGAUUGUGUCCACUCAUCCACAGCCGAGUGCAAUAGAGCAGCUUUCGCCUCACGCACUCUACUCAGACUCACACACUCUGGAUGGCAUCCCUCCGUGAGCGGAGUGUCCGGUGUGUUUUCCUUUUAAAAAAAAAAAGAAAAAAAGGAAAAGAAAAAAGAUUGUAACUGCAUCAUAAGCUAUUUCUCUGCCAGUAAGAAACUCUUACACCUAAACGUUACGUUUGUGCAGGCCAUUGACUAAUAACAGGGUUGUUGGUUUUUUUUGUUUCUAGCAGUUUAAUUAUUAACAAAACGGUUCACUUUAUAAUUGUUGUAGCUUUCCUAUUUUAGAAUAAUUAAUUGUUGUCACCGCGCAUUAGUUCAGCCCAGAUUGUUGUCACGUUUAGCACCGAAAAACUUUUGAAUUUGAAAGUUAAUCAUUCGGACGUACCUGUGAUUUCAUGCACUCUGUUUUCAAGAGUAAUCCAGUGUCCAAUUUGCAAAAACAUCUUAGAAUAAAUUCUAAAGUGUUAAAGAAUAAAGUUUUCCAAAAAAACAUGGACACAGCAAGAAAUAGAAUUUCUUUGUGCUGUGGUUUGUGCUUUUCUCCUAUUCGUCCACAAGGUGGCAGCAGAGUGAUAAGAGUGAAAGGCGACGUUUCCUCUGAAGAUGGAUUAUGUGCAAAUUCUGCAUUAUGUAGUUUUGGAAAUAAUAAUUUUCAAGUCCUCGUUCUGAAUCUACCAAGUAGACAAUUGUACGUCAAGGUCUUAUUUUCUAAAAGCCAAGUUGCUCUCACUAUAGAUUAUUCAAUAAAGUGCCUGUUUUGUUU